AUGUCUUCUCGACGUGUACGACGGCCAAGACCGUCAGACCUGGACGACGAAGGAUCACGGCCGGACACCCCCAACUCAACCGCCCCUCACGACAGCAAGCGCAGCCGAAGACAUUUGAGCCACGUCGAGGAUUAUGACCAUGCAUCGUCAACAGAGCACGUCUAUAGCCUCCUGGGAGUGGGUGGUGGUGCCCACCCCGAGAGAGGCUACCGGACUGGUGCAAUCGUCAGUGUCAAACUUACGAAUUUUGUCACAUACGGCUCUGUCACGUUCACUCCCGGACCAACUUUGAACAUGGUCAUCGGACCGAACGGCACUGGAAAGAGUACACUGGUUUGCGCCAUCUGCCUUGGGCUCGGGUGGCCACCUCACUAUCUCGGGCGCGCAAAGGAUCCUACGGAAUACAUAAAACAUGGGACCCACAAGGCCAUCAUCGAGAUCGAGCUGCGGCGAUCAAAUGGCAGUCACCAGAAUUAUUAUGUGAAAAGAGUGAUAGAAAGAGGUGGAAGCCAAUCCAAAUUCUUUCUCAACGGAGAGCCCUGUACAGCGUCCCGGAUAAAGGGACUAGCGGGCAAACUCGACAUUCAAAUCGACAACCUGUGCCAGUUCCUCCCUCAGGACAGGGUUGUCGAGUUUGCCCAGUUGAGUCCCAUCGAUCUUCUCACCAGCACGCUGCGAGCCGUGGCCGAACCGCAAAUGAUCACCUGGCACGAGGAAUUGAAGCAGCUCCGCAGCAAGCAGAAAGAAACCAUGACAAACGACAGAGAUAUGCGAGAGCGCCUCGCAAAUCUGGAGAGCAGACAAGCAAUGCAAAUCUCGGAGGUGGAACGAAUGAGGGAGAGGGCCACGGUCAAAAAGAGACUUGCGGGCUUGGAGAAGCUUCGACCUGUGGUUCUUUUAACCGAAGCUUUGAAAAACCGUGAGGAAGAGAAGGAGAAGAUAACGGCGUUGAAAGACGAGAUCAAGCGUCUCGAGGCCGCGGUAGAACCUAUCUCCGAAAGUGUCAAUGCUCAACAGGCCUACGAGACCACGGCACGGGCCUACAAAGCAGCUUGUGAAAAGGAACUGGCGACAGCUGUCAAGGAGGGCGAGCGCAGAUCGAGAGUUAUCGAGCAGAGACGAGAGGUCAUGAACGAAAUCGACAAUGAAAUCCAAGCCGAGAAGAGGAGCGUCCCGGAAAACAAGAUCAAACAACAGCGGGAACAGAUGAAGCUAGACGACCUACUGCAAAAGAAGGCAGAGAUUCCAGAAGCAUUCGAUCCUCAGGCCUUGAACCAGGAAAUUCAGCAGCUCCGGACAGAUCUGCGGGCAUUGGAUGAUCGAAGGAGUGAGCUGGACUCGCGUAAGGCAGACAUAGCAGACCGAGUCGACAGAUCGAACAGAGACCUCCACAUGAAGAGGAACCAGCUGGCAGGACUCGAGACGCAAGCCGGUCAACAGGCAGCGAAACUAGAGAAGCUUUCACGCGACACCUCGAAAGUGUGGAGGUGGAUUCAAGAACACCGCAAUGAAUUUUCCGCCCGUGUGUACGGGCCCCCGCUCGUGGAAUGCUCCCUCAAAGACCCACGCAUGGCCGAUGUGGUCGAGGCGUUCAUGCACACCAGCGACUUCAAGUUCAUCACAGUCCAGAACCAAGCUGAUUAUCACCUACUUCAGAGACAGGUGUUCGGCACCCUCGGGCUGCACGAUGUCAGUCUCCGUGAAUGCGUCAGCGACAGCCUGGACGAGUUCCAUCCACCCUUGACAGGGGAAGAAAUGAAGCGAUUCGGAUUGAGCGGCUGGGCUUUAGACCAUCUGCAGGGUCCAACUAUCGUCCUAGCUCAACUCGCCGCUGAACGGUCCCUUCACAAGUGUGCGAUCAGCUCCAGAGAGCUUGGUCAACAACAGCAUGAUGAGAUGGUAAACGUAGCAUCAAGUUACGCUGCAGGGAAAAAGAUCUACUCAUUCUCCCGACGUCCCGAGUACGGUCAAGCGGGGACGUCUGCCAGAGUCUCUGACAUCCUUCCAGCACGAAUGUGGACAGAGCAGCCGGUGGACGCAGGAGGACAAGAAGCUUUGAAACGAGAGAUGCGCGAGCUGAAAGGCGAGCUUGACUCGCUCAAAGCUGAUGCUCAAGCCAUUGACAACGAAGUCGAGCAACUCAAAGGCGAGCGGUUGUCCUUGCAGAGGAGGUACGAGGCUAAGCAGCAAGAAAAGGCCGCCAAACAACAGGCCCUUGCCGAAUGGAGAGCUCUGGACCCCAAGAUCAAAAGUCACCAAGAGAGGAUCCGCAACCUGGUAGAAGCGAUGCGUGGAGUCAGGGCUCGGUUGACUCAGCUCAAUGCUCGGCGCGACAACGCUCUUCGGGACGCAGCCGAAGCGGUCCUCGAGUUUGCGUCUGGCUUGAGGGACGUCAAAUCGAAAAUUACGCGCUUAGACGAAGCCAAGCUCUUCCACGCGGAGGCCAAUUCAGACCUCGAGAAGUUGAGAGGCCUCCAGAAGAACAUGCUCCAAGGCAUGAUUAAGAUGACGGCCGAGUUGAAAUCCCAUGAGGAAACUUUCAAUCAGGCGCACGAUCGAGUCCAGCGUGGUCGGGAGCUCCUCAAGCAACUGAAGGCAGAAGGCCAGAGGGCUGAAGCGGAUGGCGAUCGGAGCCUCCUCGAACUCCUCCUGUUUGUCAGGCAGAACAUAGAUACGGAAGAGAACCUCAACAUAGAGAUCGCCUCCGAGACGGCCAAGCUGGAGUUGACUGAGGGGGGCAGUGUUGACGCCAUCGCCGAGUUCGAGAAACGAGCCAGAGACAUUGGGGUGUUGAAGAGCAAACUCGAAGAAGCUACCCGGCUCCGCGAGGAUAAAAGACGUGCAAUUCAAGAGAUCCGAGGCGCCUGGGAACCUCGUCUAGAGGCAAUCGUGGCCAAGAUCAACGACGCUUUCUCCGACGCGUUCGCGCGAAUUGGGUGUGCUGGGCAGGUUGCCGUCCACAAGGCAUCAUCUGAGUAUCCUGCGGACUGCACCGAGGAGAAUGGCGGAAUGGACAACGGACUCGACUUUGCCAAUUGGGCCAUUCACGUCAGCGUCAAGUUCCGCGAGAAUGAGCCGCUGAGUCUUCUCGACAGCCACCGACAGUCGGGCGGUGAAAGAGCCGUCAGCACCAUUUUUUACUUGAUGGCUCUACAAAGUCUCAGCCGAGCACCCUUCCGGGUGGUCGACGAGAUCAACCAAGGCAUGGACCCGCGAAACGAGCGGAUGGUCCAUGGCCGGAUCGUUGACAUUGCGACGGUCGGCGCCAGUCAAUACUUUUUGAUCACGCCCAAAUUAUUGAGCGGCCUCACGUACAAGGAGGGAAUGACGGUGUUAUUGAUUUUCAGCGGCGAGGGUUUAGCUGAUGAUGCCAAACAAGGUGACGGGCCAGGCAGUUGGCCUGACCUAUCGAAAAGCGAUCUCCGGACGUUUUUGGGCAGGGCACAGCGGCUGGGUAUGGGUGGCUCUGCCUAG